CUGGGAAGCAGGUCGUGUUUUGAAAAUUAGGAAAAAAAAAAUUUUAAUAUCAAAAUAUUAGUGUAACUGAAUACUAGUAAUAAAAUAGACAUCUCUAUGAUAAAUACGGCAGAUAAUACUGCGGGCGAAUUUUAUCAAGACAAGAUGGCGGAUGGAAAAACAAUUCCCGCGCAAUGUCAUUAUUUGAAUAUGGAACAGGAAGUUAACGUAUUCACGACGAACUUGGCAAUGGCUACUGUUCGUUCAGGAAUCAAUUUGUUUAUUGACAACAUUGGUUAUUUAAUAUUUUGUGGAAUAAUAUUAUUUUUAUUAUAUAUUUUAUACAAGAGUUAUUUCAGUCCACCGAUUUAUGUGAAGGAAUUGACUGACAUUGGUUAUGAACAUAUAAGUGGCAAAAAAGACAGGGCAAUGAAUAUCAACAGGGUACAGAGUGCAAAGCAAUUAGGAAAUAAGCUCCCACCUCCUUACCCUAAUGGCUGGUUCGCUGUCGCUGAAAGUAGGGAUCUUAAAGUCGGCAAGGUGAUCUCCGUAGAUGCAUUAGGAUUAAAUCUCUGCGUCUACCGUGGUGAGGACGGUGUGGCUCGCUGUGUGGAGGCAUAUUGUCCCCAUUUGGGUGCUAACCUGGGUAUAGGAGGUACGGUCAACGGCAGCUGUAUCACAUGUCCAUUCCACCAGUGGAGGUUCAACGCCGAGGGUCAAUGCGUUGGAAUACCUGAUGUAGAAACUGUGCCAGCUGGCAUCAGUAUCAAGAAGUACCAUACCACGGAGAUAGAUGGUGCAGUUUGGGUGUGGCAUGAUGCUGAAGGUCGUGAUCCACUAUGGAUAGUAUCUGAAGCUCCGGAGAUGAAGAACAUGAAAUUUAGAGGAAGGAAUGAGUUUAUGAUCAACGCUCAUAUUCAGGAAAUACCAGAAAAUGGUGCUGAUGUGGCUCAUCUAAAUGCUCUCCAUUCAACUUCAUUGCUUACUGAAAUUGGGAAUCGAUUUCCUAUCUUACAUAACAUCAUUGGUCAACACAUCUGGGCAGCGGAGUGGUGUCGCGGUGAGAAGGCGCAUGAGGCUCACAUGGUGAUUGAGCAGAAGUACAUUGUGAUGAAAUGCGAUGUCUUCCCAAUGAAAGUUUCUGUGACACAGAUCGGUCCGAGCCACGUGCGUUUACACUUCGAAAGUCCCUUUGGCUCUCUACUCGUGGCUCAGUCGGUAACUCCUCUCAGCGCGUUACUGCAGCGCGUUGUGACUCGCGUCUUCACUCCGAAACACAACGCGAUAUUCGGAGCAUUCAUGGUACUAGCUGAGGCUUCUCAGUUCAAACGAGACGUGGCAAUCUGGAACAGCAAACGCUACGUGAGCUCGCCCGCGUACGUGCGUUCAGACAAGACAAUCCGCGCUUUCCGCGCUUGGUACAUGCAAUUCUACAGUGAAAGUAGCGUCUCGCUCAAGCAGGCGAUGCAGAACCCACUCGACUGGUGACCGAUAGAUGGCGUGCAAACUAAUCUUGAAUUAAAUUAAAUGUUAACUAUAGAUGGCGUGGAAACUAAUUGAUGAUAGAUAGCUUAGAUAUUGCCUAUAUAUAAAAGUUAUG